CUGACGAUGGUGCGUGCUGUGCAGAGCAAGAAGCAAUCGGGGAACUUUGUCUAUGAGGACUUUGACUUGCGGGAAUCCAAGUGAAACUAAAUCUAAAUGACAUGUUUGCACUUCAUAUUCGGAUCGACUGAAGCCUCCAAAGUCUUCCUGAGGAACGGCAGCAGACCGCUCAACUCCUCGGACUCAAAAAUGAUCGAUCCUCACAUCUACCUGCACUACAACUACACGGGCAAGCUGGACCACCGGCCCAGCGUGGACGCCGGUGUCGGGACGGGCACCCCGGACACGAAGACCCUCCUGUUCCUGGCGGUGUGCGGCUUCAUCGUGUUGGAGAACCUGACGGUGCUGGUGGCCAUCUGGCGGAACCAACGCUUCCACAACCGCAUGUACUUCUUCAUCGGCAACUUGGCGCUGUGCGACAUGCUCGCCGGUGUGGCCUACCUGGUCAACCUGCUCCUAUCCGGCGAAAGGACCCUGCACCUGUCGCCGGUUCUGUGGUUCGUGCGCGAGGGCAGCAUGUUCGUGGCAUUGGGCGCCUCCAUCUUCAGUCUCCUGGCCAUCGCCAUCGAGCGCCACCUGACCAUGAUCAAAAUGAGGCCCUACGACGGCAACAAGAACUACAGGGUCUUCCUACUCAUCGGCACAUGCUGGUUAAUCGCCAUCUCCUUCGGGGCGCUACCCAUCCUCGGAUGGAACUGCCUGGGCAACCUCCCGGACUGCUCCACCGUGCUGCCUCUGUACUCCAAGAAGUACGUGGCUUUCUGCAUCACCAUCUUCAUGGUGCUGCUCCUGGCCAUAUCGGUGCUUUACGUCCGCAUCUACAUCUUGGUCAAGUCCAGCAGCCGCAAGGUGAGCAAGCACAGCAAUUCAGAGCAUGCCAUGUCGCUGCUGCGCACCGUCAUCAUCGUGGUGGGCGUUUUCAUCGCCUGUUGGACGCCCAUCUUCGUGCUGCUCCUGGUGGACGUGGCGUGCGAGCAGCGCCGCCGCUGCCCCAUCCUUUACAAGGCCGACUGGUUCAUCGGGUUGGCCGUUCUCAACUCAGCCAUGAACCCUGUCAUCUACACGCUGGCCAGCCGCGAGAUGAGACGGGCCUUCCUGGGCUUGGCUUGCUGUCUUUGUUAUCGAGGGAAAAUGUCAACAGCGGGCAGCGGGAAUAGGCAAUGCCUGGAGGUUAGUCGUAGCCGGAGCAAGUCAUGGAGCAGCCAGAACAACCACAACCAGCAGGGCAGCAGGCAGGCGGGGCCGGACAUGGAGGUGGACUCUGGACUUGGGAAAGUGUCGGUGGUGGUGGGGCCGAGUGGUGCUGAUGCUGACAACUUCCUUCAAAAUGACGGGAGCGAGUGAGAGGCGAGGACAGGGCGGUCCUCGCAACGCGGGCUCCACUUAUGUCCCACCCAGUGACAUACAGUUCCUUGAAAGACACCUUGACUGUGAGGCACAUCCUGUCCAAAUCAGGCUAAGCAAUGUAUCAUCUAUAUCUGGGACCGUAGCAAACUUGACCUUUUCUGAGUCCAGAACUGGUUCUGGGCACUU